CCAAUUCUUCCAAUGAUUAUUAUUCGCAAUUAUCAUUAAUGUGUAAAGACUGUAUUCACUGUCAAUAUAUGUAUGAAUUGAUUCAAGAACAACAACAACAGCUGCAGCAGCAGCAACAAAGAUUGCCUACUGUUGAUGAAUACGGUAGAUCAAUAUCACCACAAUCAGAAUCGAUUGAUGAUGAUCAAAAUUCACCAUCAUCAGACCAUUCAUCAUAUAAUGAUGAUGAUUUACAACAACAACAACAACAACAGCUACAACAGCAACAAAUUCAUCAAAUUCUAACUACAGAAUCAUCAACGGAUUCAAAACGUUCAUUAGAUCGUACCGAAAGUAAUGGCACUGUUGGUCAAUUAGAAGCAAUGGAUGAAUUUGAUGUUGAUGAAUUUAUUGAACCAAUUGAAGGUCUACCAAUUGUAACAUUGUGUCCACCAGAAUUAUCAAUAACUGAUACUGCUACUACUAGUACUGGCAGUAGUGGUGGUGUUAGUGGUGUUGGUGGUGAUAGUAAUUGUAAUAAUAAUAAUGAUGGCUAUAAUAUACAACAAAUCAAUAAUGGUAUCGAUGAAGAAGAUGAUGAUAAUGGUUCCGGUAUCACAGUGGUAUCGUUAGAAGUACCUAUAAUGGGACAAAAUUCAUCAAAACAAUCACGAUCAGCAUCAGUAGAUUCACCAUAUCUAUUACAGGUGCCUAAACGUGAUGAUAUUGAAGUUGGUGAAGGGCCACCAAAAGCUCGAUCAAAAUCAGUGGAUAUUGUAUUGCCAACACGACCAGGUGGCCCAUAUCUUUUGAUACCACCACGACAUCCACCAACAACAACAAAGUAA